UGUUAGUGUUGGUAACAGUGUCAAUGGAAGCGAAGACGUCAACAAAGUGUUUACUGCUGAGUACUGCUGAAAUAUUUUGAUUUUGUUUUACAUUUGUCAAAAUCUAAAGCUCCUGUACAACACAGGUCGUAAAUUACAGUUUCGAAGAUCUUGAAAAUAAGAAGAAAAUCUCAGAAAGGCAACACCAUAACACUGGUAAAGGAUGGGAUGUGACGGAGGCACCAUACCCAGGAGGGAUGAGCUGGUCAAGACCAAAAAGAAGCCUGAACAAAAAGAUAAAAAUUCAGAGCGCCUUUACCGCUGGCAACACUGUGCUGUGUCCCAGGCCCCUCUACAGCCUCCUGUGGUGGCCUGUGAGCUUGGGCGCAUGUAUAACAAGGAAGAGGUACUGACACGGCUCCUGGACCGUAGUGCUGAGCCAGCCAUGGCCCACAUUCGAGGCCUUAAGGAUGUAAAGGAAUUGGGUCUUACCCCGAAUCCAUCCCAAGUGCCUGCUGGGCCACUGACAGGAGAUGCUGCCCCAGAGCAGCUGACUGCUGAGCAUGUGUGUCCUGUCACUGGACUAGAAAUGAAUGGCCGUCACCGCUUUUCCUUUGUGUGGACCUGUGGGUGUGUUCUCUCUGAACGUGCUCUAAGGGAGGUUCCCACAGAGACCUGCCACCGGUGUGGUGCUCCCUUCCAAGAAAAGGAUGUGGUGACUCUCAACCCUCCAGAGGAAGAACUGGAGGCUGUGAAAGCUGCUAUGAAUGCUCGCCGUGCUGCUGCCAAAGCUGCAAAGAAGGCCAAAAAGGAGGGUAAAAGGGCAGCUGAUGAAGAGGAAUCACAAGGAACUAGUGGUAGCAAGUCCAAGAAGGCUGCCAAGCACAGCGAAGGUGCUGCAGGUACUAGCGGUGAAUCUUCAUCCAGCCGUCUGCGUGUGAAUGGCAUGGCAUCAGCAGUUCUUAGAGACAAGGCAUUUGACAAGGUGCGGUCAGCAGGUUUUAGUGUGGCUUCAGACCCCAAGGCUUCUGAGGCCUACAAGAGUCUCUUUGAUACACACAAGACAGCCCUCAAAAAGCCAAGUGCCCAUUGGGUUACUUGUAAUCCCCAGUACUUUUAGUCUUGCAAUCCUGUCACUUAAUUAUUUCUUGCAACAUAUCUGUAUCAUGGCUCUAUGUUUAACCAUAUAAUCUAUCCCCCACUAUCCUCUCUACCUCUCCUCUGUGACCAUUAUUACCAAAUUGAUUUUGAAUAUUGUCUCAAGUGUAUUUACUUUGGGAGUUUUAUUUAGUACAUAAAAGGAAACCAAAGAUCCAAGAAAAUAGUUGAUAUAGCUACUGUGGACAAAGUGUUUGCAUUUUAUAUCCUUAAGAAGAAAAAGAUUUCAAAAGAGUAAAAUGUAAUACUGUAGCAUUAUAUCCAUCCUUUGUAAUAUCAUGGCUAUUCAUCUAAUUUGUUUUUUUCUUCUUUUCACAUUCUUCCUCAUUAAGGUAGACUCAGGUUUUUUGUUUUUCCAUUUUUGCUGCUGCUACUUAUCUUUUCUAUUUCUUACCUUCAUUUCCUCCUGAUCUUCCUUAAGAUCAUUAUUCAGUUUGUAAAUAUGUUUGUCAGUCUAAUUUUUGAGCAGACAGACCAUUUAUUGCAAUUUUUCUACAAGGGUAAUUUGUUAUUUCUGCUUAUGAAGUAUUUACCUGUUUAGUAUAUUAAUUCCAUUCCUUUUGGUAAUUAAUAGUAUUUAUCUAUUCUCUUUAAAAUCAAUCAGAAUGUUUUGAGUGUUUGUUAGUGAUAUGUGAAAGGUAAGUUGAAGACAGACUUGGUAUAUCACAUACAGUACAUCAUUUACAUGAGAUCCACUUUAUAUGUUGAAUGUAAUGUAUUGGAAAAGUUUUUGGCACAAUUGUAUGAAUGAAAUAAAUUAUAUAAACUUUU